AUGUCAAAACAAUUUAUAAAGUUCCCCUCGAGAAGAUCAACAGUAUAUUCUUCUAAAGGAAUUGUUGCUUCAACUCAACCAUUAGCCAAUGCUGCCGGGAUAAAAAUUUUAGAAAGAGGAGGAAAUUGUGUUGAUGCAGCAAUUGCAGUUUCUGCUGCUUUAACAAUCACAGAACCAGGGUCUACAGGUAUUGGAGGUGAUUGUUUUGCACUUUAUUACAAAUUGAAUGAUAAACUGGAUCCAAAAAGUGGAGUAGUGUUAGGAUUAAAUGGAUCAGGUAGAGCAGCACAAAAUAUUACACCACAAGAUGUUUGGAAUGAACAUAACAAUGGGGAAUAUAUGUCAAGAAUACCUUAUACUUCUGUUUUGGCAGUGACUGUUCCAGGAGCAAUUGGUGGUUGGUUUGAUGCUUAUGAGAAAUGGGGGUCAGGUAAAGUUACUUUUGAAGAAAUUCUUAACCCUGCUAUUCAAUUGGCAGAAGAAGGAUUCCCUAUUUCUGAAUUAUCUAGUCAUGCAUGGAGAAACAAUAUUCCCAAAUUAUUAAACCAAAACCUUGAUGUGAAAGAAAAUCCUUUUAUUCUUGAAGGUAAUCGAGGACCUAAUGAAGGUGAAUAUAUAACCAAUCAUCAAAUUGCUGAAUGUCUCAAAUUAAUUGGGAAACAUGGGAAGAAAAUAUUUUAUGAAGGUCCAAUUGCUGAUGCUAUUAUCAAAACAACUAAUGCCAGAAAUCAUAAAUUAACACUUGAUGAUCUUAAGAAUCAUACUUCUACUAUUGUUGAACCAAUUCAACUUAAUUUCCAGGAUUAUAAAGUAUGGGAAAUUCCACCUAAUGGACAUGGAUUGGUUGCAUUAAUAGCAUUGGGAAUAAUUCAGGAACUUCAUAAUCUGGGUAAGAUCAAUUUAUAUGAAUUGAAACACAACUCUUCACAAUAUUUACACAUUUUAAUUGAGGCUUGUAAACUUGGAUUUUAUGAUUCAGAUGAAUAUGUCACAGAUCCAAUUUUUAAAGAUAUUCCAAUUGAUGAUUUAUUAAGUCCUAAAUAUUUGAAAACUAGAUCAGAAUUUAUUGAUUUAAAUAAAAUUAUAGAUGGUAAUAAAAUGAACCAUGGAAUUCCAGAUCCAAAAUUUAAAUCAGAUACAGUUUAUCUUACUGUAAGUGAUUCUAAUGGAGAAGUUUGUUCAUUUAUAAAUUCGGUUUAUGAAGGAUUUGGUUCUGCUAUAGUAGUAGAAGAUUAUGGAUUUUGUUUACAAAAUCGAGGUAGUAAUUUCAAUUUAACACCAGGACAAUCAAAUUGUUUAGAAGGUGGUAAACGACCAUAUCAUACAAUUAUCCCAGGAAUGAUAACUAAUAAUGAUGGAUCAUUAUAUGCUGGUUUUGGAAACAUGGGAGGUUUUGCCCAACCAGUAUGCCAUGUUCAACAUGUAUUAAAUUUGAUUAUAUUUGGAAUGACUCCACAACAACUGAUUGAUUCCCCCAGGUUUGUAUUAAAUUCUAAUAAUAAUAAUAAUAAUAAUAAUGAUGAUGAUGAAGCUACUACCGACAGAGGACGUGGAGCUGAAGGUCCAGUUUGUACUCCAAUAACAGUUGUACAGUUAGAAGAAGGUAUUGAAUUGGAUGUAAUUGAAGAUUUGAAAACACUUGGACAUAAAGUGGAAGUUUUGAGUGGAUAUGACAGAGUAACGUUUGGUAGAGCCCAAAUUAUUCAAAAUGUUUCUAAAGAUGGUAAAUUAAUAUAUGCUGGUGGUAGUGACAUGAGAGGUGAUGGUGCAGCCGUGGCAUUGAUUUAG